UCGUUUAGCUCCCAAGUCUAUGUGCGGGAGGCUUUCAAGGUCCUGAGCCACUGAGAUUUGGUUAUAACAUGAAUGAUCUGUGUUCCAUACAUGAAUAAGGUAACCUCGGGGAGCUCAAACUGCCCUAUUCUUCGUUUACGGAAAGCAUGUGAGCGACCGCCAACUCAUUACAGAGAGCAACAUGAUCCUAAACGAUAGAGUUGGGCGUGAGGGAUCCUCUACCCGGUAUUUCGGUCUGACAACAAACGUGAGAAGACAGGAACGCAUGACCAGCACCGCCUGAAGCCGGUGAGAAGCACGACUACAGAUUUACGAUGUCACGAUAUUCUCGACGAUGUACAUCGAAAAGAGUGACUCGAGUAUGGGGAAGUACUCUCUACGACAUGGUACUCAAGUCUUCGUUCUCUGACCAGAGCAGACGGCCGUCCAUGGACAGCUCACCGUUUUCACUCCUCGGCAGCGUCAGCCCCGUCUUGGGUCUUACUCAAUCACACCUGAGGCCCGAUCGAAAGCACGCCAUUUCUCUGUUGAUGGCCACAAACAAGGCCACGCAUGUGUGCCUACGCAUGCCAGUGUUUGUGUUAUUGACGUCGGUGCCUCUAUGUCAGGCAGUCAGGUGUGUCUGGCUCUAUGUAGGUAUCCGGGUACACUGCCAGUCCGUCUUUCCGGCUUCGAUUGCCCCAGACUGUCGCCGGCGCAUCCUUCUUGUUGCCUCAUUUACCAUUCAUCCCGCUGUGUGCCAUCUAUCUCUCAACCGGGCAGCUACUAAGAUGAGUGGGCGAUGCGAGGAUGGUGUGCCUACCAAAGAAGCGGAGCGAGAUCAUGGUUGGUGUCACGAGCCUCAUCAUGUUCCAUGCAACUUUCUCUUUACUGCAACCUAUCUCACGGGUCCUCACACCACCCGAUUGAUGGAGAUUGGUGAUUCUCCGACAGUCUACAAUGGGGAAAUGAGCAUGGAUAUUGUAUAACGACUAAUUAUCGACAGGCUCGGCCGUCAGAAGAGCGUGCCUUUAGCCAUAACCGAGCCUGUCAUCUUUCUUCCCCAGCGCAUGUAUGCACCCAUCCAUCCAUACAGACUGGCACUAUCGAUCCAUGUCUCUCUCGGAUAAUGGCAUCUAGGUCUCAAGGCAACCUGACACCUACAGAGCGGUCAGUUGUCAGGCACACACACAACGGAUACUCGCUGGAGCUU